AUGCUUCGCGGUUUGGCACUUACAUUUGCUUUAAGCUUGGCCCCGCCAGCGAUGGCGGCAUGGCACCACGAAGACGUUCACUGGGGCAAGUUGCACUGUCCUUCGGAUAAUACGUCAACAUUGCCAACUCCAACGUACGGGUCCGAGGGCAGCGUUUGGAUGAUAUGCACCGAAAUGAUCAUUGACGCACCCCCCAGGGCUAUAUACGAUGCUCUGCUCGAUUUCAGAAGCUACCACCUUUGGAACUCGUUUGUGGUCGAUGUUGAGCUCCCUGAAAACGUUACACGGACCCCAGAUGACGUCUACGUGGGCAUGCCAAUGUUCUUCACCGUCGCGGGGUUGCUACCUGACGCGAAUACGACCAGCGACGAGAUACUCACUGUUUUGGACGAUCAGAGCUCUGAGAAAUAUCUUAUGAAUGCUUGGAGGUCGAAUACAUUUCUGAAUGGGACUCUCAGCCAAGCGGAACAUCCCAACAUUUUAACCAGUGCUGAGUUCGGGCGGACUAGAUAUGUAUCCUAUGAGACCUAUUACGACGGUCCUAAUAACCCUCUGCUCUUCCCACUCAAGGGGCAACUGCAAGCUGAGUUCGACCAGCAGGGUCUCGACCUCAAGCGUUACGUGGAAGCUCUGUAA